CAUUGUUCGAUUGGAUGGGUCUGAGUACAACAUUCAGACAUGGCGGAAGGAACGGUGGACCAGGUUACUGAUGGAGAGCAAGAAGAAGCAUAUUUUUACCGAGAAAGGAGUAAAUGUACACCAGAAGAGGAGACAAGGCUCGAAAGGCAACACUUUUGGAAAGUGAUCGAUGCGUUUAGAUACUACAGGAUGCAUGUUCAAGAGCGGGUGAAUCGAGCAGAGUGUCAGUUCCAGAGUCUUCCGGAGCAUCACCAGCUGCUGCUGCCCGGGGUCUUGCCCAACCUGGCCCGUAUCCGCCGCAGUGUGGACCACAACCAGGAGGUGCUGCAGGCUAUCGUGCUCAACUGUAUCCACAUGUUUGAGAACAUGGAGUAUGGUGAAGAGGAUGACCUGAGGAAGGUGGGUACGUCUUCCACGUUCGACAUGGACAAGCUCAAGUCCACCAUUAAGCAGUUUGUGCGUGACUGGAGCGAGGCCGGCCAGGCUGAGAGAGACUCCUGCUACCUGCCCCUCAUCCAAGAGAUCCAGAGACUCUUUCCCAGCAACAAGUGUGAUGUGUCCAAGGUGAGCGUGCUGGUUCCGGGGGCAGGGCUUGGUCGCCUGGCAUGGGAAAUCGCUCGUCUGGGUUAUGCCUGCCAAGGCAACGAAUGGAGCUUCUUCAUGCUCUUCUCCUCAAACUUUGUCCUCAACAGGUGUGAAAAGGUAAACUCCAUGACCCUGUACCCCUGGAUCCACCAGUUCAGCAACAACAAGAGGUCAUCUGACCAGACGCGGCCAAUCAGCUUCCCAGACGUCAACCCCCAGAGCCUGCCUCCAAACUCGGACUUCUCCAUGGUGGCUGGGGACUUCCAGGAGGUCUACACAGAGCCUAACACCUGGGACUGUGUGGCUACCUGCUUCUUCAUCGACACGGCGCACAAUGUCAUCGACUACGUGGAGACCAUCUGGAACAUUCUGAAGCCUGGAGGCGUGUGGAUCAAUCUUGGCCCACUGCUGUACCACUUUGAGAACAUGGCCAACGAGCUCUCCAUCGAGCUCAGCUACGAGGACGUCAGGGCAGCAAUUUUAAAAUAUGGAUUCCAUUUGGAGGUGGAGAGAGAGUCUGUCCCCACCACCUACACGGAGAACGAUCAGUCCAUGCUGAAGUACCUGUACGACUGUGUUUUCUUUGUGGCAAGGAAACCUGACCAUCUGUAUGCCAACGGUUACCAGGUGGUCCAUAAGAACAGACCGGAAGUGUCGCAACGGCGAGAGAGCUGCGACAGUCUGACGUGACAUCGUCUGUCAUGACAUUGCAGAGCAACAACCGGGAAAAAAAACGCAAUUGGCCACCACCAAGAGCAUAAAAAAAAUAGUAAGAUGACAGAAACACAAGUCAAUGGACAGGUUUGCUUUCAUGUUUCUUCUUCUUUAUAUUGUCUCAUCGCCAGAGCUGCCAAAUCACCUUCCUUCCUCCCCUGAGCCUUUGAGAUUGAGACAGAUGCCUAUUAUGAACUCAAGUGACUAAAUCUGUCAGCACAGGACUGUUUGUCUUCAGUUAAAGAGGCAAAGUGACGCCUCUAUCUCCAUGGUGACCUGAUGUAGUUGCAUGCGUGUCAGAGACCCGCCUCUACGUCUUCUCAUUGUAUUUAUUUUGUAAAAUACAGUUACCAACUCUGGCUAUUUAUAGUAAAACAAAAAAAUGAUCACUUAAAAUAAUUUGCUGAAGUGGCUGGAGUUGGUUAUUUUAACCUAUAUUGUAUGAUUGGACACAGAUUGAGUUUCAGCAGUACACCCUGGAUCUAGUUACUGUCUCACUUAAUAAAGAAAAACUAUUCUUUAAAAAAAAGAAAACGUUUCAUUGACUGAGAGGGAUUGUCUAAUUUUCCUAACUCAAUAGUGUCUUUAGGGUCAUUCCAUGAAAAGUGCCUUUGAUAUUAAGUAUUAAUUGUGCACCAAUAUUGCAUUUUUUUUAAACUGAUAUUUAAAUGAAGUGCCCUUUAAUAUAGACCACAUUGAGAAUUCAAUAAAUCAGAUUUUUCUUAUAUGAAUAAAGACUUACUCAUGUGCCUUAAAUCCCUCUGUACACCCUCUGUGACUUCUAGAAUGAUUUUAACCCACUUAACCCCAACAUUUCUCCAAGCUUUCACAAUCAUUGUAAAGAUCUAGUUAUUGUGUUGCUUUGACAGUCAUUUCUGAAGAUUAUAAUUGAUUUCAUGUGAUUAGUGAUUCAUUUACAUCUGUCCCUCAUUUUAAGGUCACGUAAACUGAACUCUCAUUUUCUGGUGUUUUGUGGAGAAAAACUGAGCGGAUCGAGCAUAACACGUCAACCCUGUUACCCAUAGAUCGACAUUCUAGAAAUCAUUUAACAAUAAAUACAUGUUUGCGAAGCUUGCAUUCAAUUGCCACUCCCAGUUGCACACAAGCUUCCAUUCUGUCAAAAGGGUGAUUUAAGAUGACGCCAUUGUUUACUUUAUUUGACACUUACUAGUCAUUUUUGUUAUUUGACCUUGAGAUGGGAAAACUAGUUUUUUAUUAAGUAGAAUAUGUGCCCUUUAUGGCAGAAUGUUAAAAUUAGGUGAAAGCAAUGUUUUUUUUAAAUGUAGUAUAUGCACCUCUAUAUACACCUCAUCAGCCCAGCCAGGCAAUUUAUAAACUCUAUUAAAAACUCUA